UGGCAGUGGUAUUCCAGAGGCAUUCCCAGCAGGGUGACUCUCAUGCACUGUGCUGACAGCUGACUUGUGUAGUGGGGAAGUCAUUAUUGUUUCCAGCCAGUCUGCAGUGGCUCUCACUUCACAAACACAACAGUGAAAUAAAGAGCAUUUUCUUAAAGCUAAUCCUGCUGGACUUUGGGCACUGCCUGUGGGCGUUUCUUUGAAUGCACUAUGUGGGGCAUUUGCUGCAGAACUAUGGUGGGGAUGGCGAAACCCUGUGGCCUAAUGAAGCCCUGUCACCUGGUGAAGCCGGUGUCGGUGACCCGGGUGUCCGGCAGAUACCUGACCCACCAGAAGGGAUUGCCCACUCUGCCCGUGCCCCCCCUGCAGCAGACCUGUGAGCGCUACAUCAGUGCUCUGGAGCCCGUCGUGGAGGCGGACGAGCUGAAGCACACCAAGGAGCUGGUGGACGCCUUUCAGAGAGCAGGAGGGGUGGGAGAGAGACUUCAGAAGAGUCUGGAGAAGAGAGCACAGAACACGGAGAACUGGUUGUCAGAGUGGUGGGUGCAGAUUGCUUAUCUCGAUUACCGGUUGCCUGUGGUGGUGCAUUCAAGUCCCGGGUUGGUCUUGCCCCGCAUGAACUUCAGAGACAAACAGGGACAAAUAAGGUUUGCUGCCAAACUGAUAGCAGGUGUUUUGGACUUCAAGACAAUGAUUGACAAUGAGACCCUGCCAGUUGAGUAUAUGGGAGCGAAGCCCCUAUGUAUGAAUCAGUACUACAAAGUGCUGUCGUCCUGCCGUAUCCCCGGCCUGAAGAGCGACUCGGUGGUGAACCACGCCAAGAGCUCCAGGCCCCCGACACACAUCACUGUAGUGCACAACUUUCAGUUCUUUUACCUGGAGGUGUACAACAGCGACGGGACUCCACUGACAGCCGAUCAGCUGUGUGUUCAGCUGGAGAGGAUCUGCCGCUCCUCACAGACAGCCAUGGAGCCCGUCGGCAUCCUCACCACCCAGCACCGGAACUCCUGGGGCAAGGCCUACGUCACCCUCAUCAAGGAUAAGACCAACAAGAAAUCGGUGUCGGCCAUCCAGAGGAGCAUCUUCAUUCUGUGUUUGGACGGAGCGAUGCCUCAGGUGUCCGACGAGACGUACCGCAGCUCGGCCGCCGUCCAGAUGCUGCAUGGAGGAGGCAGCCAGUGGAACAGUGGCAACCGCUGGUUCGACAAGACGCUUCAGUUUAUUAUUGGAGAAGACGGGACAUGUGGGGCGAACUAUGAGCAUGCCCCAGCUGAGGGCCCCCCUAUAGUGGCCCUGAUCGACCAUGUUGUGGAAUACACGAGGAAGCCAGACAUGGUGCGGACUCCUAUGGUGCCUUUGCCCAUGCCCCAAAAACUGCACUUCAACAUCACACCAGAGACCAAGAAGGACAUCGAGGAGGCCAAGCACGCCAUGGACAUGCUGGCCCAGGAGCUGGACACCAAGGUCAUUGUGUUUGACCACUUUGGUAAAAAUAUCCCAAAGAGCCACAAGAUGAGCCCCGAUGCGUUCAUACAGGUGGCGCUUCAGCUGGCCUACUACAGGAUGAACCGGCGCUGCUGUGCCACGUACGAGAGUGCCUCCCUGCGUAUGUUCAGAUUCGGCCGCACAGAUACCAUCAGGUCUGCGUCGAGCGCCUCCGCUGCCUUCGUCAGAGCCUUCGAUGACCUCAGCAAACAGAACACAGAGAAGGUAGAUCUAAUGGAGAAGGCUGUUCAUGCUCACAGGGCGUAUACUAACAUGGCGAUCAGUGGCCAGGCGAUAGACCGACACCUCCUGGGCCUUAAGAUGAUCGCUCUGGAGGAGAAAGUCUCCAUUCCUGACAUCUACACGGACCCCGCCUACGCCAAAGCCUUAGAGUACAAGCUCUCUACAAGUCAGGUCCCGUCCAAGACCGACUGCGUGAUGUGCUUCGGCCCGGUCGUACCCAACGGAUACGGUGUGUGCUACAACCCCAUGGACGACCACAUCAACUUUGCUGUGUCGUCCUUCAACAGCUGUACAGAAACAAACGCUGCACAUCUGGCCCGGGCCGUGGAGGCUGCCCUGCAGGACAUGAGGACACUGCUGGAACAAACCCCACGAGCCAAACUGUGAAGGCUGGUCUUCCUUAAGAGGAGGAGCCUCACUCCGUGUGUGUGUGAUGGACUGAACCCCCUGCUGCUGCAGGACUGCCAAGCUGCAGCAUUCUCCUGAUUAGAUUAUCUUGAUGCACUUUAAAUAAUGUGUGCUUUGCAAUGACUGCUGUUCCUCCGGUGCACAAUUCAUAGAGACGGACAAUCGUUUUACAGCCCGUUCUGUUUCAAUCGUGAUUCACACAAAUGAUCUGUUGGAUGGAUAUUUUGAAAUCUCUGUGCCUUAAUCUUACACUGUUUGAUAACUCAGAGCCACUAUGCAGCUGUGGCUUACUCUAACUCUCUACGUCUAAGCAUUUUCUAAAGGUCAUAGCAUCUUCACUCUAAUAAUAAUCAUGUAUUGUAUCAUCACCCAUUCAGCAAGUGUUUCAGUUACCAUGAACAUGUCUCUACUGAGCACUGACACUCUGAUCCUGCAGUUCAUUAAUCCAUGCUUUUAAUUUAAAGAUUGUACUAAUCUGUGUCCUCUGAUUUCCACAUGCAUAUUUACAUGUUCUACCACAUGACAGCCAGUCGGUACAUCUGCAGUAAUGUCUUCUACAGUGUCCUCCUUAUGCCAGGAGGGACACACUGCAGAAUCUAUUCAGAAAACUGGGUUUAUUUAUGUUUAUUUGAUGCAAAAUGACCUUGUUUUGUGAUCCACAUAUUGUUUCCUGACACGGUUUUUAACCCUCCCGUCGUGUUCGGGUCGGAUUUACUUCUUUCAUCAAUCAUAAAUAUUGUGUUUUACAUCUGAUUGCUUCAAGGCCUCCACAGUAGGCAUUUGAACAAUUACUAAUCCCCACUUUCACUGAGUUUUGAGUGGUUUUAAUCCACUUUGUAACACCAAAAAUGACCACCACAGGUAAUUAAUGCCUGUUCAUCUGUCAGAUAGUUCACACCUACAGACCUACAGCCAUGUUCAUUUGCAACACAUGUUCAGUGUCUCUGUUCUGUGUAUUUUCACUGCAGUUAUUCAUGUUUACCAGUAGUCUGAAUCCUUGUUUACACCUGAAUAAAAUGUGGUGAUGAUGAGGUAAAACAGACCAGAGAAAUUUGAGCGGGAACCCCAAAGUAAGGGAGGAGAAACGAACACGACAGGAGGGUUUACCUGUGUGUGAACUUCAAUGAGACCUCUCUAUCUGUGUUGGCCAGUCAGCAUUUCAUCGUGAUUGUUGUGUGAGAUAUUCAGCAUUCAGUAGAACUAAUGGAAUUAUUCUAUGCAGGAAUUAAGCUAAUCAUACUGGGAGGAGAGUCUAGCUGGACAAAAUAUUCUGAAUCAUGUGUUUGAUUAAAUUAAAUGCAUUAUUUUCAAAGUC